AUGGGAUCAGAAUACGAUUUCAUUAUUGUUGGGGCGGGUGCUUCAGGGUGUCCUAUCGCGUCAAGGUUGGCACGGUCGGCUGCAAAGCCGUCAGUCCUGCUCCUCGAAGCUGGAACUCCAACUGGACGGGUAGAAUAUCUAUCAGCGGACCAGAGGUUUGCCGUGGCCUCCAAUGUCAGUUCUUUUCCCAACUGGGGAUACAAGACCACUCCGCAGAAUCAACUUGCUGGGCAAGAAGUCGACUACUCGCGAGGUAAAGGUCUUGGUGGCACAACUUGCAUCAACUACUGUGGCUGGCUCGUGGGACCGUCGGACGACUACAAUCAAUGGGCCAGACUGGUGGGGGAUCAAGACUUUGCUUGGGCCAAUGCCAAACGGUGUCUGGACAAGGUCACUCAUCUUCAUCCCCAGAUUCCAAGACCUGAGCUCAAAAGGUAUAUCGACCCAGAUAUCAAAGACCACAGUGAUUCGGGGGUGAUCGAUCUCACCUACGGCGGUCCCUGGAUCCCAGAUAUUGAGAACAUAUUCAUUGCAGCAGAACAAGUUGGCAUUUCGACCAACAAAGACGUCAAUUCGGGAAAUCCCAUUGGACUGGGCAUGGGCACAGUCUGUUGCAUCGACGGGAAACGCAUCACUGCUGCCAAAUACCUCGAGGAUCCUCCCUCCAAUCUCACCAUAGUCACCGGCGCUCUGGUCGCCAAGGUCCUCCUUGAAGGCAAAAAGGCCAGGGGUCUCCUGACUGACGACGGUCGUGUGUUUUCUGCACGAUGCGAGGUCAUCAUCUCAGGGGGAGCAUUGAACAGCCCCCAGCUCCUUUUGCUCUCGGGCAUUGGUCCACGAGAUGAGCUCGAGAAACACGAUAUCCCGGUACAACACGAGCUGAACAUGGUUGGAAAGAACUUGGAAGACCAUUGCUUUUCAAGUGUUGGUGUUGUAGUCAAACACGGCCCGGAAUACCACGAAACAGGCACACCAUUAUGUCCUAGUCCCAUGGCCUUUCUACAGAGUCCAGCAGCUCUGCGGUCGCCAGAGUAUGCCAGGCUACCUAGCCACGUGCAAAAGCACUUGGAGACACCUACUGUGCCUCAUUUUGAAAUCGCAACACAUUCGCCGCCAGCUUUCCUCAACUAUAUCCCUGAACCUGAAGUGUCAUUCGUGGGUGCCAUCUGUCUCCUGGACAACCCACAGAGCAGGGGAUCCGUCAGGCUUCGAUCAGCUAGCCCGAACGAUGCGCCCAUAAUCGAUCCUAAGUUCUUGACAAAUCCUUACGACCGUCGUGUUAUGAUCGAUGGCGUCCGGCAAACCCUACGAUUACUGACGGCUCCGGUCUUUGCGCAAAAGCUACUCAAGGUGCUGGGUCCAGCAGAUGACUCCGACGAAGCCAUCUGGGAGCACAUAAGAACCCAUUUUGGAAGCUCAUGGCACAUGGCCUCCACAGUUCGAAUGGGAACUAGCAGCGACACAGAUUGUGUGGACUCGAAUUUCAAGGUCUUUGGCAUUGAGGGGCUUCGAGUCGUGGAUAUGAGCGUGUGUCCUUUUGUUCCCAACAAUCAUUGUCAAUCAACAGCGUAUGUCCUCGGUGAAAUCGCCGCAGAGAAGCUCAUCAAGCAAUACAAUUUAGAUACGCCAAGCAACACGCUCAGUGCACGCCUCUAG